CGCGUCCCUGCAACUUGCCGCGGCUGAGGUCCGCGGGGCGCGCCGCCUGCGAGGCAGUUUGAGUUUUGUGAGGCCGCUGCUGAUCUGUGCAGAUUGUGGUUGAGGGAAGUGACGGCAGGAACAUCGGAGAAAUGAAGAUGACCUCCCGUUGCGUGGUCGCCGUGUUCGCCCUGAUGAGCUCCUGUGUAGCCACUGCAGGUCCUGAGCCCAGCAGCCGGUGUGAGCUGUCGCCGGUCAACGCCUCUCAUCCCGUGCAGGCAUUGAUGGAGAGCUUUACCGUCCUGUCAGGCUGUGCCAGCCGAGGCACAACCACGCUGCCCCAGGAGGUGCACGUCCUUAACCUGCGUGCUGCGGACCAGGGACCCAGCCAGCCACAGAAAGAGGUUACUCUGCACUUGAAUCCCAUCUCCUCAGUCCACAUCCACCACAAGCCUGUUGUGUUCCUGCUGAAUUCCCCGCAGCCCCUGGUGUGGCAUUUGAAGACAGAGCGACUUGCUACUGGGGUUGCCAGACUUUUCUUGGUGUCUGAGGGCUCUGUGGUCCAGUUUCCAUCAGGAAACUUCUCCUUGACAGCAGAAACAGAAGAAAAGAACUUCCCUCAUGGAAAUGAACAUCUGUUAAGCUGGGCCCAAAAGGAGUAUGGAGCAGUUACUUCCUUCACUGAACUCAAGAUAGCAAGAAACAUUUACAUUAAAGUGGGAGAAGAUCAAGUGUUCCCUCCCACAUGCAACAUAGGGAAGAAUUUUCUCUCCCUCAAUUACCUUGCCGAGUACCUGCAGCCCAAAGCAGCGGAAGGCUGUGUGAUGGCCAGCCAGCCCCAGGACAAGGAAGUGCACAUCAUCGAGCUGAUCACCCCCAACUCCAACCCCUACAGUGCUUUCCAGGUGGAUAUAAUAAUUGACAUAAGACCCUCUCGUGAGCAUCCCGAGGUGGUCAGAAAUCUCAUCCUCAUCUUGAAGUGCAAGAAGUCUGUCAACUGGGUGAUCAAGUCUUUUGACGUGAAGGGAAACCUGAAAGUUAUUGCUCCUAACAGUAUUGGUUUUGGGAAAGAGAGUGAAAGGUCUAUGACCAUGACCAAGUCUGUAAGAGAUGAUAUUCCUUCCACCCAAGAGAACUUGGUGAAGUGGGCUUUGGACAAUGGCUAUAGCCCAGUAACUUCAUACACCAUGGCCCCUGUGGCUAAUAGAUUUCAUCUUCGACUUGAAAACCAUGAGGAGAUGAGAGAUGAGGAAGUCCAUGCCAUCCCUCCUGAACUACGCAUCCUGCUGGACCCCAGCUCCUUGCCUACCCUGGAAAACCCGCCCUUCCGGGGCGGGGGAGGCCGAAACGGAGGUCUCCCCUUCCCUUUCCCAGAUCUCCCCAGGAAAAGCCGGAAGGGAGAAGGUGAAACUCGGAUCCCUAGGCUGAAGGACCCUGUCAUCCCCAGCAUGCAACUGUUUCCUAGUCCCAGAGAGCCAGAAGAGAUGCAAGGGAGCAUGAAUGUUGCCCUGUCAGUCAAAUGUGACAGUGACAAGAUGACUGUGGCUGUAGAAAAAGACGCUUUUCAGACCAGCAGCUACUCAGGCAUGGAGGUCACGUUGUUGGAUCCUCGCUGCAAGGCCAGGCUGAAUGGCACCCACUUCAUCCUGGAGUCUCCGCUGAAUGGCUGUGGCACCCGCCACCGGCGCUCAGUCCCUAAUGGCGUGGUCUACUACAAUUCGGUUGUGAUAAAAGGGCUGACCCCCAUGGACAGCAGUGGCUGGCCUGAAGGUUAUGAAGACCUGGAGUCAGGAGACAAUGGCUUUCCCGGAGACAUGGAUGAGGGAGAGCCUUCCUUCAUUAGCCGUCCUGAAAUCCUGCCGUUUAAUUGCAGCCUGCAGCAGCCAGGGAACCCAAGUAGCUUCCUGGACCAGGCCAACGGAAACAUCAGUUUCAACAUGGAGCUGUAUAACACCGACCUCUUCCUGGUGCCCUCCCAGGGCAUCUUCUCUGUCACAGAAAAUGGCCACGUUUAUGUAGAGGUGUCUGUCACCAAGGCUGACCAGGAGCUGGGGUUUGCCAUCCAGACAUGCUUUAUCUCCCCAUAUUCGAACCCGGAUAGGAUGUCCGAUUACACCAUCAUUGAGAACAUUUGUCCAAAAGAUGAAUCAGUCAAAUUCUACAGUCCCAAGAAGGUGCACUUUCCCAUCCCGCAAGCCGAGAUAGACAAGAAGCGAUUCAGUUUUGUCUUCAAGCCGGUGUUCAACACUUCGCUGCUCUUCCUCCAGUGUGAGCUGACCUUGUGUACCAAGAGAGAGAAGGACCCCCAGAGGUUACCCAAGUGCGUGCCUCCAGAUGAAGCCUGCACCUCGCUGGAUGCCUCCAUGAUCUGGGCCAUGAUGCAGAACAAGAAGACAUUCACCAAGCCCCUGGCUGUGAUCUACCAGGCGGGAGAGACCAGAGAAAAAGUUCCAAGCGUUAAGGAACCGAGUCCAAUUUCUCCACCCAUCUUCCAUGGGCUGGACACCCUCACCGUGAUGGGCAUUGCCUUCGCAGCAUUUGUGAUUGGAGCUCUCCUGACUGGGGCCUUGUGGUACAUCUAUUCUCACACAGGAGAGACAGCAGGCAGGCAGCAGGUCCCCACGUCGCCGCCAGCCUCAGAGAACAGCAGCGCGGCCCACAGUAUCGGCAGCACCCAGAGCACCCCAUGCUCCAGCAGCACCGCCUAG